CACCGUCGAUCUGUUCUCCCGAAUUCGAAAUCAUGGUGGGAAAUGGUCGGUGACGAAAAUGUGAGUGAACUUUGCAGUGCAUUUGUGCUAAAAGAAAUUGUGCAAAUUAAUGAAGAACUUCGCCAAAUCUCUUGCCAGUGAUUUGAACAAUAUUGUGGAGUCUUAAGUGCAUGUAGAUAAGGCAGAUUUAGUUAGCUUUGAAAGCCAUAAGUGUCGACGAAGAAAAACAAGGUGACUGGCCAACUAGCAAUAAUACGCAAUCUCACGACGGAGAGUAGAGGGGAUUAACAAAUUCAGGCCAGCAGUACCAGUGGACAGCAGAAGAAGGAGAAAGAAACGGAUCAACUGGAAACCUUAUUUGCUGCAAUAUAUCUUUCAUUUCUUUAGUGGCAGCACUAUGAGCGAUAAUUGGGUCGGCAAAUCGGUUUCGAUCCAGUGCCGCGGGGACAUUGGCAUUUUCCAAGGGGUGAUCAAGCAAGUUAGUCCUGCGGAAAUUGUGAUAACGAAAGCCGUGCGAAACGGAAUUCCGCUGAAGAAAACCAGUGUUGAAGUGACGCUAACGUGCAAGGACAUUGUGCGAUUGGAACUGAUUUCUAGCUCAAAUGUACCAAAUCUGCUUCCGGUGAAACAACAAGCGCAGCCUCAAGGGUCAAACCAAUUGGAAGCGACGGCUGUUAGUGGAUUGGAUUCUUUAAAAUUAGGAAAGACAAACGGACAUAGGAGUAAAACUCCGCCAAACGAUAAUAGGGCAUACAAUGCGAAACUGUCGACGAAAUCGCCGGGACCGAAUAGGUACGGAAACGGCCAGCAGCAAAAAAACGGAUUCGAGAGCGGAUCUGCAAAAAGCACAAGUCGUCCGAUUGAGAUCAACGGAGGAACAUCGUCGCAAAAAAGUAACUCCUUGUGCAAAAAUGAUAACCAAAAGAAAAAGUCCCGUAAUGGAAACGGGAAUGGGAACGGAAACAGAUAUGCAAAUAAGAAUUCUACAUUUGGAACUCCUGUCGACGAUCCGAUGAUGGAUGAGGAGUUUGAUUUCGAAAAGAAUCUGGCUCUAUUCGAUAAAAGGGCCAUUUGGGACGAGAUUGAUGCCAUCCAGCAGAAACCGGAUCUGCUUCGCCAGACAAGUUCCGCUACCAACAGAAAGUACCGCCAUGACGAAAAUGUCCUCGCAUCGGAACCGACCCAGUAUCGACAGAUCGAACUGGAAAAUUUAGUUGUACAAAGAUCUGUUGCCUCCGGCGGUGGGCCCAGCCAGGAAUACGUAACAGACGAAGGCCUUGUGAUCCCUUCCAUUCCACGCAGCACUAGAAACCUGAUCCAACAGCUGGCGGAGAACCACGGCCUAGCGUUGGAGCGCCAAAAUGAUCUCCUGGCACGAGGGGCCACCGAGAUAGCCCUACAGCUGCUCGGAGGGUCACGUCGUCUGACACCGAACAAUCAGCACCAGUGGCCCAAGAUUGUGAUCGUUUGUGAUGAACCGUACAAUGCAAGACUGAGUGAGAUUGGAAUUGCCACCGGCCGAUUACUGGCCUGUCACGGCUUGAAGGUGGUCGUUUAUGUAUCGUGUGCCACCAAUACCACUCGAACCAGUCACGAGCUGGAACUGUACGCGGCCACCGGGAAUCUCUUUACGUUUAAUGUUAAUACGCUUCCAUCCUCAGAUCUGGUAAUUGCUGCCAUUAAGUCGCAUAGUCCAGCCGAACCACUACGUAAAUGGCUUUCGGAAAGCCGUGCCCCGGUAUUGGUGAUUGAUCCACCUGCCGGAGGUUUGGAUUCCAUUUCGGCCAAAUGCUCAAUUCUGCCCAUCUUGCCACUGAAUGACCUCGGGCCGGAAAGUGCCUCAGGCCGACUAUACUUGUGUAGCCUGGGCAUUCCGGACAAGUUUUUCACCGACUCGGGCAUAAAGUACAAAUCACCCUUCGACAAAGCCGUCAUUCCGAUCCACCGGCGAAAGGAGUAAUCAAGCUUGUCGGAACAGCAUUCUAUCACCAUCAUAAUCAUCUACGAGAAGUACCAAGCCAAAUAGAGAGGGAAGCAAAGGAAACGCUUGAUAUAUCGUGAAGGCAUUUUAAUCGUGAUUGUGUCUCUUUGUGUGACGCGAAGGGUCGACCGAGCACACGGUCUGUCUGAGACGGAUGUUUUUAGAAAAUUUACUUUUUAUUUUGUGGACGAAUUCCCAAGCGGAACUACAAGGGAGACAGAAAAAAAAACCAAGACAAGAAAGAAAACUGACAAUGGAUACAGCUUUCUGGGGAGGCGUUUAUUUUAGUGAAGCCGUUGCAAAGUUGCCAUUCUACUCUGGUUCUACAGAAGGAAACUACAUCGAAAACAAAACGAAAUAAUGGCAAUAAAUUCGACGAAAAAAUGUGAUGUAUAAACGCCGGAA